AUGGGAAACAGGUUAUACACUAUUGAAGAAAAUAACAACUCAAUUGUUGUUUGUGUUGUGUGUUUCUUUAUAUUCGAUCCUCCUGGUCCUCAUUUUGAUGAUUUUCGAUCAAAGUUGCCAAAAGAUGACAUUGUUCUCUCACGAGAUGAUGGAUUAUCUGGAUCUACUGUUUCUUGGCAUGAUGAGUUAUUUACUAAGAAUCCUAGGAAGACAUUAAGAGAGAUAUUAAGAACUAACGAGAUUGGAAAGUAUGUCACCACUGCAACUGUUAAGUCGGUGGAAACUAAUCCAAGAUGGUAUUAUGUCGUGUGUGCUGUUUGCGAAAAGACCGUUCAUCCAAUUGAAGAAAACCCUGGUGAUGAAGAGGGCCCAGUCAUGUUUGAUUGUCUACAAUGUAAUCGGAAUGUAACUGAAGUUCUAGCCAAGUUUAAACUGGUGCUAUUGGUUACUGAUGAUUCUACUGAAGAAGCUAAGUUUCUUAUUUUCGACAAUAUAGCUUAUCCUUUUCUUAAUAAGACAGCAGAUGAAUUAGCUGAGGAAGUGGCUGAGGAUGCUACUAUUUCAUAUGCUGAUGAUGCUUCGCAGUGUUCCAUUAUGAAAAAUGGGAAUGAUAAAAGGCUGGGUGUCAUGGACGAUGGUGUUCUUUGCGAUAUGAGACCAAGGAAAGAUACAACGAAGAAGGCUAAAUCUGUCAAAAUACCACCAUCAAAUAGAAGUUUUGUGUCCAAGUCGCAACAAUACGCACCUCCUGUUUUUAAAGAAACGUCUGUGUACAACCAAUUCAUAGAUCUAUCAAGCUUAAGUAAGGCAGACAAUGAUGAUGAUAUGGAUAUCAACGUUACAGCUACUGUUACCAAACAAAAAAACAAACAAACACCUAACAUCACAAAAGAUGUCUUAUUCUCUGCCAUAGGCCUCACUGAUACGGGAUAUUAUGAUGAUGGAGAUCCUUCCUAUGUUUGUGGUUAUUGUCAAGCGUAUAUGUGGUUUGGUGGUAUAUUACCAGCUCCUGAUAAAAAUCCAGCUUUUCUACAACUCUACAUUCACGACCCAGUUAAUGAAAUUGCCAAUAGAGUUGCUGCCUAUGGUACUACAGGAAAGCUACAACGGAUAACUGAGUUGCAUCCAGCUUACUUGCCAUUACAAUACCCAUUGCUUUUCCCCUAUGGAGAAGAUGGUUUUAGACUAGGAAUUGAUAUUGGGUUUGUUGAUAUGUCUGGAAGAAAAAGAAAAACUGUAACAAUGCGAGAGUUUUUUGCUUUUCGUAUACAAGAAAGAUAUGGUGAAUCACCUAUAAUCCUGAUGUCUGGGAGAUUAUUCCAACAGUUUUUGGUGGAUGCAUACACUAUGAUUGAGUCUAACAGACUCCGUUACAUUUUUCUUAAUCAGAAGAAUCUACGAGCAGAGUAUUAUGAUAAAAUUGCGGCAUCAGCUGAUAGAGGUGAAGACGACCUCUCAGAACAAGGUAAAAGGAUUUUUAUUCCUUCUUCUUUCACCGGAGGGAAGAGAUAUAUGAUGCAGCAUUAUUUAGAUGCUAUGGCGACGUGCAAGUACUACGGUUAUCCUGACUUCUUCAUUACAAUAACCUGUGUCUAUAUGACAGACGAAGACUUAAAAAGCUUGGGAUUAGCAAAAAUAGAGAAAUAUUUGCGUAGGAACGGAAAUUCGUUGGCUAAUUUUAAUGGGAUGCCUCUUGCUGAAGACUUGGUUAUGGAUAAAAAUAUUAACCAUCUCAUUAUGGAUGAGAAGUGGUACAAUCGGGAAGAGUUAAAAGGCGAACAUGAAAAGUUACUAGCAACGAUAACAGAUGAGCAAAAGCUUAUUUAUGAUGAAAUACUACAUGCAGUAAAUCAUAAACAUGGAGGUAUGUUUUUCGUUUACGGUUAUGGUGGGACAGGAAAAACAUUUUUAUGGAGGGUUUUAGGCUCUGCUCUUCGAUCAAGAGGGAAAAUAGUCUUAAAUGUUGCAUCAAGUGGUAUAGCUGCUCUUUUGUUGCAAGGGGGAAGAACAGCUCACUCUAGGUUUGGGAUUCCUAUUGCCGUCAAUGAGUUUUCAACAUGCUCGAUAAGUGCUGGUUCACAUCAAGCAGAUUUGAUUAAAGAGGCUGAACUCAUUAUAUGGGACGAAGCUCCAACGAUGAGUAAACACUGCUUUCAAACUUUAGAUAGAACUAUGAGAGAUAUACUCAAAUGUGACAAGGUUUUUGGUGGUAAAGUAAUCGUCUUUGGUGGAGAUUUUCGGCAGAUCUUACCAGUCAUAGUUGGAGGAGAUGGGAAGAUUAAUGAGCCUAAUAAUGGUGAGAUAGAGAUUGAUAUUCCUGAAGAUCUAUUAGUAUCAGAAUGCGAAGAUCCCAUACGAGAGAUUGUGAAAGAGGUAUAUGGAAAUUCUUAUACAAGAGAGCGUAACCCCAAAUUUUAUCAAGAAAGGGCUAUAUUGAGUCCACGGAAUGAAGAUGUGGACAAGAUCAAUGAAUAUAUGCUAUCUCAAAUAAAAGGUGAGGAGCGUUCAUAUCUCAGUUCAGAUAGUAUAGAUACUUCUGAUACAAGUAAAAUAGAUGAUAUGGUGUACACUAAAGAAUAUCUAAACAGUAUUAAGAUCUCUGGAUUACCAAAUCAUGAUCUAAAGUUGAAAAUCGGUGCACCUAUUAUGCUGCUUAGGAAUAUUGACCCUAAAGGUGGACUAUGCAAUGGUACAAGGUUACUUGUAACACAAUUAGCAAAUCACGUCAUUCAAGCCAAGUUUAUAACAGGUGACAAAGUUGGCCAAAAAGUUUUGCUCCCAAGAAUGUUUGUUUCUCCACCAGAAACCAGAUUUCCGUUUAGGAUGAGACGGAGACAAUUCCCUGUUGCUCUUGCUUUUGCAAUGACUAUUAAUACAAGUCAAGGUCAGACGUUACAAAAAGUUGGAUUAUAUUUGCCGAGGCCUGUGUUUUCCCAUGGGCAAUUGUAUGUUGCUGUAUCCAGAGUAACGUCGAGGAUAGGAUUGAAGAUCUUGAUAACUGAUGAGAAAGGAAAUCCCCAAAAAAGCACAAUGAAUGUAGUAUACAAAGAAGUUAUCCAAAACAUUUACACUACAUAG